AUGAAAGGACCGACGAUGACGAUGGCCCCGGCCGUUGUCGAACCAGCACAUGCUUCUUACCUCCAUCGAUCACAUACGUCCGAUGACCGCCCUGACACGGCACCGUCAGGAACAACAUCAACGGCAACCACCCGUCAGAGAGGACCGAGCGUGCAUGGUCGAGCUGCAUUCGAGCUGCCGUCCUUCGAUACCAUUCCCGAGUUUGACACGACGCUUUAUCUCGACGGCAAGGGGUCCAAGGAAGCAGCUACCCCAAAGGAGAAGGUGAUGCCGGGUCCGGUGGCCGUCAGGACAACGCGAUCCGACCCGGUAAAGCCGUCCAAACCUUCAAGAGACGAGGACAAGGAAAACACCAGAGAAGGAAAGCAAAGGGAGAAGGACAUGGAGAAGCUACAGAAGAGAGGCAGGAGGACGUCGUUGAUGGAACGCCGGAAAUCAUGGCUACCGUCAUCGAGAUCUCCGUCAAAGAUCAAGGAGCCGCCGCUGCCCGAGAGGCCCGUGAUGCCCGAACGACCCAGCACUCACGCCGGAGACCACGUGGGUGCUGCUGCGUCAUCCGCAACCCCGGUACUACCGACGCGACCAGUCGAGCCCGAACGCCCCAGGACGGUAUCGGAGAGUUUCGCUACCUUUGCGAAGAAGUCAUGGAUGUCCACCUCCCGAUCACCAUCUCCAAAGAGAAUCCCAGAACCACCUGCUCCACCCCUACCUCGUCCUUCUCGCAGCAGGGCCUCGAGUAACGAUUCCAUCAAGACUGCCGAGGCGGCGCGCAAGAGGCCCAUCUCUAUGCUCGUGGACCCUGAGUCCGCCGCUUCCAAGAGCGCCGAGUCCUUGAAGCCGGCACGCACUCUCAACCGGACGAGCACGUUCCUGACCAAGAUGAAGCAGCGGCCGAAGAGCAUGCUUAUCACACUUGGAUCGGGCAGCGAUUCGGACGUUAACAGCGCGCCUGUGUCAACAAACACCUUGCCACCGCCGGGCGUCGCUCCGGUGAAUGAUCAGCGCAGUAAGAAGGACAAUCACAACAACAUCGUCAACAACAUCAAAAAGCCCGAAUCGAAGCCGGCCUCAGUCACCGAUUCUCAAACCACCGCAGUAACGGACGAGUCGUGGAGCGAAAUGUCAGUCAACAAGGACACCAUUUGGUCUGCCUUCCGGACGCUCGAUACUGAGUGCGGAGGUUUGGCCACCAAGACCAUGGCUCAGCGGAUGCACAUGGUACGCGUAACCUUGUUGCCAUUUUUGCGGACCUAUAUGAACCACACCACCAACAAGGGACUCAGCCUCGAGGAUGUCGAGCGAAGGGCCAUUGUGCUAAACAAGUGGUGGAGCGGUCUGUUGGAGAUGUUGGACUCGCAAAACCAGCAGCUGGCCGGCGUCGACCGACCGGUUCUGCUUGAAGCUUUGACAAUGCUGAUGAUGCGACCUGAAUGGCGACAGACGACGACUUACUUCAUGUCUUUGGCGGACCGCUCACCGAACGAGCGUGUGCGGCCUCGAUCAGGGACUCAAUCGACAGCAGACUCAUCGCAAGCAUCCAGCCAGGCGUUUCUUGCCGAAUCGGCCGAGCACAACGUCCGGACCAUGUUUGUGGGCAAUCUCAUGAAACAGAUGCAGAUUGUUGUGGACAAGAUGUCGCUCCGACACGCGCCUCUCAGUUUGGUCAAUUGGUGCGGCAAGGCCUGCGCAUACGGCUUCUUCUUUUGCCCGUCCGUCGCCGAAAUCCUCGUCCGCUUAUGGGAUCUGCGGCCAGAACUCAUCAGGCGGGCAGCUGAUGAGCUUGGCUUGCCAAAAAAGAACAGUGGUGAAAGCGAGGAUAUCAUGGCACUUUUCCCACCAAAUCUUGGGGUUCUCGGCUGGCAAUCGCAGAAGACCAUCAGCGCCCGCUUUAAGGAGAGGGUCAAGCUUUCUGUCAUGGCAGCGAGAAUUCCUUGGUUCAGUCCUUGGGUGACUAGGUGGCGCGGCGGCGAUACUGACUUAUUCUUCAUUUUCUGCAAGUACUACCAUAUUCUGUCCGAGGAGUUCAUGCCAGAUGGGCUGCCGCUGCUUGAAAAGGCCCGUUCUCCGGGUUUCGUGCUGGUUCAGGCACAGAUUCUCGCUUGUAUCGAGUCUACGAUCCAUCGACAGGCCGAAGUGGAUGCGAUGAUGAAUCCGCUGCCGCCCACAGACUCGUUUUACGGCGCCGACGCCGCGGCCACUUCGAUGACAGUCCCAGGAAACCUGCUGAAAAACAUGGCCGAGAACCGUCUCAUCGUGUUGCUGAAAGACAUUCUGGGCGAAUCGCUACCCGUCAUCGCUGCCGCAAGACGAACUUUUGCCGAAGCUUUCCUAGCUGUAACCCGCGCUGCUGCCCGUCGGGUAUCUGCCUUUGACCACAGCGCCGUUUUCACGCUGUGUGAUUUCUUGGAAGAGGCAUUGGUGGCCUACGACCAACUGGACGAUCUCGAAAACCCCAACAUUGCCAGCGGGAUCAACUGGUCUUUUUGGCUUGAUGCAUGUCGGAAAAUGCUCGUCUCUGACAACGCCAUGACGGAAGUCCGACUGCUCUCAUUCAUCUUCUCGACCUGGGAAGCGGUCACUGCGAACCCCGAGCGGAAGAGAAUCGUGUGUUUGGACUGGUUGCUUUCCGAAGAGACGUUCGACACCUACUUCAACCACUGGUGUCCAAUGGUGCGUGGCUACUACAUGCGCCUGCUCUGCUGGCGGAUUUGUCGAGACUCCGGCUGCGCAAAUGAAGUUGAUGCUCAAAUCUUCGUCGCUGCUGCUGCCCGUCUCAAGACCGUCUGGGCGCAUUACCUCUACAUUCGCAACACCGCAGACGCCGCAGGAAAACUCCCUCCCUCUACCUCACCUUGUCUCCCUACGCCUGGCAAGAAGUUCAUGAUCAUCCGCACAGAGGUCAACAUUCCGCAGCCCGGCUAUUUCAACCAGCCCUUCGAUUCAUUCGCCAAAAUCGUUAAUGGCGAUGGGGUUGUUGCAACCGCGACACCGCCAGAGCCGAAGGAGGUCGUUGCCAAGGCAGAUAACAGCAAGAAACGAUGGUCUCUGCUCGGAAAGGUGCUUUCUUUGGGUGGCAACGGCUCUGACAGCGAGGAUAACAGCGACACGUCGCGCAAGGAAGCGUCAUCGAAGCCGGCCACAAUCUCGAAGCGUCGUCAAGGAGGUCCGCCACUGCCGCCCAAGAUCUCCACUUCUACCGCCUCCGCCAUCGCAACUUCUUCUGAUGGCAGCUCCCCGGGCGCCUCGCCUAUCUUCAUGGAGCAGAAGUUCGUCUUCAAGUUCACGUUGACCUGGCAGCCCCCUGCCGUUAUCCAGCCGCGCGAUCGCAUCCUCACACGCCCACGUCUCCCCGCCCCGGCGCAGGCGUGGGUCAGUGCCCGGUCUAGGAGUGGGAGCACGCCUCCUCCGAUGCCUGCCGGUCUGCCGGACCCCACCCGACGUGUCUCCGGUUCAAAGAAGAAGGGUCUCGUUGAUGAAGCCAAGAACGCUAGUCCACUUGCAUCUCCGACACUUGAACGCAAGUCGUCCGUCACCACAGUGUCCUCGUCCUCGCUUGCACGCAGGCUCAGCAACAAGUUUGACUUUGAGAAUAACCCCGAUGCGGAGCUGAUGACGUUCGACUUUGAAGGCGCGGAGAAGUCCUCGGCAUCGUCAAUGUCAUCCGCCUCGUCCACGGCUUCAUCGCCUGUUGAAGGCAAGACCGAGGACGAGCAGCCACUGUCGCCCCCGUCUCAGCCUCAAUCUCAGGCCCAGCAGCAGCAAAAGUCUGAGAGCCGUAGGAAUGGACCCGAGCCUUUGACGCAGCCCCUUCGCCCUACGGGCAUGUACACCAAGCGUGCCGUUUAUACCGGUCGCGCGCUGGCGGAGUGGAGCCUUGUCGUUGCGGAGUGCAAUGGUUUCGUCGAUCGGAGACGGGACGAAGGCGUUCUUGGCCUCAGUGAGGUUGAGGUUCCGAUGUUGACGGUCGAAGGCUUCCGUAAGAUGGGUUAA